UGCUGCUACAACACCGACUGAAGAGGACAAAAAAAUCUUCUGCCAACAACAAACUCUCCACAUCGAGGAUCUUCACAGAGAAAAACCUAAGGAACCAAGAAAGACACUCUGGGGGAAACUGAAGAAGAGAAACGCCCCUGCUGUGUGACGACACGCUGCUACUGCAAAAAAGACCGGAAGUUGUUGCCUGUUUUAUCGUCCAGCCUGUGCCGAUUAUUAAAACGGUGAGCGGGGUUUGACAGCAGUUCCAGACUCCCCCUUGACGGUGCUGGAGUCGCAUGUCUGCCUCACAACGCUAAGCACACCUUCUUUCGGUUGUUUCAAGACCAACGGACAAAAAACAGCAACAAAGCUAGACUCUACCGUCCCUCCACUGCCGUCAUGGAUUCCACUCAGCAGAAGAACGUCGCGGGCUUCUCUCUGGAUCUGGGACCUUUGAAGGAGCCUAUCGGGUUCAUUCGGCUCCUGGAAUGGUUCUUUGCCAUCUUUGCCUUUGCCACCACCGGAGGGUAUUCUGGAACCACCCACUUCAAAGUCAAGUGCCCUGGGACUGGUGUUGAGAAUGACGUCAACCCCGUGUUUGGAUACCCUUUCAGGUUGCCGUCGAAACCCUACGUCAUUCCCAGCUGCAACAGCACUGCCAACAACCAGACCUACCUGCAGGGCGACUUCUCCUCCUCAGCUGAGUUCUUCGUCUGCGUCGGCGUGUUUGCCUUCCUGUACUGCACGGCCACCCUGGUCCUUUACCUGGGCUUCCAGUACAUGUACCGGCAGACGACCCGCGGCCCCAUUUUGGAUCUGGUGGUGACAGCUGCCUUUGCCUUCCUGUGGCUGGUGUCCUCCUCUGCAUGGGGCAAAGGCCUGACUGACGUCAAAUGGGCCACAAACCCAGACAACCUAGUGCUUCAGUGCACUAGUGUCUGUGAACCAGGAGAGUUCCCGUCUCUGGGCCGCCUCAAUGCCUCUGUGAUCUUCGGGUUCCUGAACCUCCUCCUGUGGGCCGGGAACUGCUGGUUCAUCUACAAGGAGACGCCUUUCCACAAGGACCCCAUCCCAGUGGAAGGAGGACCUGCUGGGCCUUAACUGCGUCACCUCACCAAGGGUGCUGAAGCAAAUAAAGUCUAACCUCCUCCCUCCCUAAAUAUCCACACUGGUCGGCGUCUAACAUCUGAGAUAUUUCUCUGAAGGUUCCCUCUGCUCUCCUCUAAUAACUUGUCAGUUCAAGAGUUUCCAGUCUUCUUUUCAGGCUUUAUCCACCUUUCUUUGAGCUUUUUCCAGGAGAGGUCUCCAGCUUGUUCCUUUGCUCAGAUGUUCAACACUAAACUGAAGUGAUCCAGAAAGAUCCCUGUUCCCUUUCAAACUUCUGUUCUCAAAAGUGAGAACUCCUCUUUUUUUUCCUGCUUUUAGCUUUUCUCUGUUAAACUGACUAAAACUUGGUUGUGUUUAGAUGCAAGUUUUCAGUUAACAAGACACUAAACUGGCUGAUUUAGUUUGCGUGAAUGUGCAAAACACCUGCCAAUCACAGCCAAAGCCUUUCUGUGUACGUUUGUUUUUUAUUGACUUUUGUUUUUUGUCAAGUCUGAAUGUGUCUGUCAGCAGAGCUCGGUUUGAUCCACCAGUAUUGGUAUCGUUUUGAAAACACUGAAAUGAACAGAUGAGCUUUAAGAGAAGUAUUGAUGUUUAUGUUCUAAAUGAUCUUUCUGUAUUUUACACAUCAUUUGUUUCAAAUGUAACCAUGUUUUUUUUUCUUAAAGUGUGUUAAACACGAGAGCUGCACUGCUGCCAGUUUCUGUCUCCUUUCUUCAUCCUGGGUGUGACGGUGAGGAGGUUCACCAGCAUCUCGCCAAACCAUCGCACGUCUGACAUGUGAACAAAAUAAUUUAGCAAACGUGGAACUCAGGCUGUCAAAGUUCACAUUUUUAUGUCAUUACAGUUAAAGUUUGUAAAGAUUUUAGGCAAUAUCUGAGUGUCGUGGGUUUCUUUGCAUGUGAUGCUCCAGAAUUGAGCUGUUGGCACAUUUUGAGAUUAAAACUAACCUCUGGCAUCUUU